UGUGUACUUUUCCGCGUGUUGCCUCUACUUCUUUGAGCCGUAUGGACCAACACACGUAUCGGUGCAUCACUUUCAACUUCUUUUCACAGCACAAACCCUUGAAUCCGUCAAUCAAUGCCGAAACAGCAACGAGAACAGCUCUCAGGCCGUCGAUCCCACCGAAAGUCUAAACAUGGUUGCGGCGUAUGCAAAAAACGACAUAUCAAAUGCGAUGAAACCCGGCCGGAAUGCCGGAACUGUGUUAUGGGCGAGCGGUUAUGCUCGUAUCUCGCGCCCGGUUCCAAUCCUAUCAGUUUACUCCCAAGCACAACCAAUUCCGUAUCUACUCCCAGCAGCGUCGCCAGUGACCACGUGCUGGUUGUUCCCAGAGACACAGCGGAAGGUCUGCUUUGCCCCGGACCGACCUUUACGGCAACCCACAUGGCCUUUCUCCACUAUGCCGAAUCGAACAUGUCCGAUUACAUGGCUCUUCAAGGGAGCGUACAGCCUAUGAUCGAUACUGCCGUGGAGCACGCUCUUACAGCACCAUAUCUUCUGGACCAACUUCUCGCACUCUCCGCGCUUCAUCUUUCCACCCAAGACGUGGCGCAGGCAUCGUCAUUCCGUCACCAAGCCACUGAGUUGCAAACACGCGCUUUGGGUCUAUUCAACCAGGCCAAGGACCACAUUUCCGAAAGCACCUACAUGCCGAACUUUCUCUUCGCCUCGCUUCUGGGCAUCCACGUCCUCUACGAAACACUUCAGCAGCGCCAGGACACGCUUGCGAAGUUUACUGAUGAUUUUGUUGGCUACUUGCGUCUCCAUCGGGGGGUACGGGCCAUCAUCGCAAAAGACUGGCAACGUCUUUCGCAGUCCAACUUGAAGCCUCUCAUGUACAUCGCAGCCUUGUCUGAACGAGCGGAUUCGCGAGCUCCGGGAGAGGAGACGAAGCAAUUCAGAAAAUUCCUUGAGUCAUCCUCGACCUCAUCUACCGCUGCUGAAGCUUGCCUCUCGGCACUCAGCCGGAUUCAGUGGGUACUGGACUUAACAAACCAAGAGCCAUCCAGAUUUGAUGUCGGUACUCACGCGGUCAUGGCAUGGCCGCUGGUCAUACCAGAUAAGUAUAUCGAAGCCUUGCAUCAGCAUAGACCGGAAGCUCUCGUCGUAUUAGCGUUUUAUGCAGCCAUAUUACACCGAUGUCGGCGGUACUGGGUAUUUGGCCAUUCUGGUUCAUUCCUGAUUCACCUAGUAUCCAGAACAGUUGGUUCUUUCUGGCAAGACGCUUUAGCUUGGCCAUUGCAAGUUCUUUCGGAUGCUUAAAUUUUCAUAGCCGAUAAAAAAGCGUUUGUGUCACGUUCACAUGUACAUUUUGUUGAAGCGAUUUCUAUCAUUGAUUGACAAGGUGUUCAUGCGAAGUCUAAAACAUGAAACGACGUAUCCCCCC